ACGCUAUUAACUCUGCAGAUUGAAAAAAACAACACAGGAGUUGAGUCUGGAUUUAAAUAAUAACCGUUUUGUUUUCUUUCCAGAACUCGACACGAUGUUUGGAAUCCGGCGUUUUUCCCUUUGGUAAUCUGGAGAUUACAGCUUUCCACUGGAAUAUGUUCUGGAUGAAACAUGCAUCAAAAGACUGUUUAGGAUCGAUUUUAAUGGAGUAUCUCAAGAUAAGAUUCCACGUUUCCACAGAUGAACUGCUAAUUUUGUCUUACUAAAGUCUGAUGAGGGAGACGAUCAGGCCGGACCAUGAAGUCUUCUGCCUGACAGGACGAUGUGGAAGUCCCUGCUGAUUAUGCAGGACGUUGCGAGGCCUCGGAUGUUUGGCUUCGCCCUGCUGUGGGGCGUGAUUCUCCUCCAUAACGCGUCCGUGACGGCGUGUCCCUCCAGCUGCCACUGCAUGGAGAAGAACAGCUUGACGGUGGUCCAAUGCAUGUCUCGCAACCUGGAGAGGAUCCCCACUGACCUUCCCAGGGACACAGUCGUCCUGCUUUUGGCAGCCAACCACAUCACCCACAUUCCCAACCACGCCUUCAGAGAGCUGCACUACCUGCAGGAGUUGGACCUGUCCAACAACGACAUCGAGACGGUGGACAUGGGCGCGUUCCUGGGCGUCUCCGACAGCCUCCUGGUGCUGGAUCUAUCCAACAAUCACAUCCAGAGCGUCCCCAAGGAGGCGUUCGCCCGCCUGCGGGCCAAAAUCAGCCUCUCCAACAACCCGUGGCACUGCGAAUGCACGCUGCAGGAGGUGCUGCGGGAGCUGCGGCUGGACCCGGAGACGGUCAACGAGGUGAUCUGCCACACGGCGGUGCAGGAGGAGUACGCCGGCAAGCCGGUCAUCCAGGUGCUGGACUCAGGGAUCAACUUCUGCAACUUCCACCACAAGACGACCGACGUGGCCAUGUUCGUCACCAUGUUCGGCUGGUUCACCAUGGUGAUCGCGUACGUGAUCUACUACGUCAGACACAAUCAGGAGGACGCCAGGAGGCACCUGGAGUACCUCAAGUCACUGCCCAGCAACUCUCAGAUCAGCAAGGACUUUGACACCAUCAGUACGGUUCUUUAACAGGAGACGAGUGCGACGGCCGGAGGAAGCGUUUAGACACACCACGAUGUACGCAGAGUUCUGGGAAAACUGUCCUGGUACGGUCACCACCAACCUUCACGAUGGAACAAAAGCUUUUCUGAUUGGUUGAGUAUCCCGACAUUUUCUACCAGUCAUAAUAACGGCUCAUAAUUUCUGUUUGCAAACACAACAUUCAAACCUACAGAUUAUUUUACUUGGGUUACAUUAACAACCUACUCUGACUCUUGGUGGAGGGAAAAGCCGGAAUCAAUCUGACAACCUUUGAGCGGAGGACUUUUCCCAGAGUAGCUACAGUGUGAGAGGUUUUUAAAAUAAAUCAGUAAAUACCAGGCUGCUGUCACACCUGGAGGUCCAGUAGACUCUGUUAGGAACCAAAACGGCAACAUCUGCUCCAUCUCAAUCUGCUGCGGUUCUCUUUCUCUCUGCUCCGAGUCAAACCAACAAACCCUUUGAGUAACCUGUUCCCCUCUUCACCUGUGGGGGCGCUGCGCCAAAAAUCACUGAAGGAAACAAUCAAAAACCUCUGAAGAAGACACUGCGAACAACGAAAUCCAAACAAAACUGAUUUUAGGCUGUAGGACUUUCCUUUUGUCUUUGCCUAAAGACCACGAGCCAUUUCUCCCGCUAGCGCUAGGCUAACAAGUUUAUUUUGGUUGUAUUUACCCAGAAUGCCCUGCACAAUAGUCCAUUUCCUGCUUUUGGAGCAUUUCCUGUCAGCUUGGUGUUCACAUAUGAACUCAAACAGAACCAGAGUUCACUUCAACCAAACCGAGACCAAAGUUUGUAGGGAGACCAGAGUUAGCUUUUUAGGUUUUAUUACACAUUCACACUUACCCGAAACGAACCAGGACUAGAGUUUGCAGUUGUCCCACCACC